UGCUCAGUUCUUUUAAGUCUGUUUGAUGCCAUAACACAUGUUCCUUGUCACAAUCUUCAUCUAGUUAGAAAAUGAAAGUGUCAGUCCUCGUGAAUCCAUCAUUAAUCUGAGAAAUGACGAUAAUAUAAAACAGCCUUUUCCUGCUAAGUAGGAGAGGACGACUGAGUUUUAUAAAACAAAUGAGGUAUCGUCUCAUUUCAUAAAACAUAUCUAGUGCACUUUAGAAGUAAAACUGGGGGUCAACAAAUUAAAAGCAGAAUUUCUUAAGACAUUAAAGAAUAUAUGACGAACCCCCAACAAAACGGCCUUUGAAAGAUGGCGUAGCAAGGCUGACCUCGUAAGCAAUGCUUUCAUAGUGGACUAGCAUAGAAUGAUAAAAAGCUUAUUUAAUCUAGUGCGCGCAGGCUCAUUAAACCUAACUCAUCCAUACUUCCCUUAUUGUGAAUUCGCGUGGCAAUCACGUCUUUGAUAAAUCUAUAAACAAAUAUUGCAGUUGCAUUUGCAAAAACCAUAUGCUACACGGUUUUAACGAAUAACGGGCCAUGCUUUUAUCAGUCCUUUGUCGUCUUGUCCACCAGUAAACUUAUUUUAUUGAAAUGAAGAAUGUUUACAUUUGCAUAAUCAAAAGAAGAAACAACCUGUUCUUAUUAUGUGUUCAUGAAGCAUUUUCAAUUACAAUUUUCUUGCGACAUAAAUUAUUGGAAUAAGCAGUGACAUGUCAUUUUGAUUUUGGACACCUUGAAGCUGAGAUGCUAACACAGUCUCAGAGACAUGAUUUCACAAAAGCUUUUUCUCUGUUCGACUAUGAUAAAGAUGGUGUCAUAUCAAUUGAUGAUAUGAGAAUUGUCCUAAAAUCUCUUGGUCACAAAAUUUCAGAUCAGGAACUAGACGAUCUUAUAAAAAGCAUUGACCGAAACGGUGAUGGCAAGAUAGAACUGGCAGAGUUUCUUGACAUGAUGGGAGCGAAACAACAAAGUAUAAAAGCGGUGGAAGAAGAAGUUAGAAUAGCUUUUGAGUUCUUUGACUUGGAUGGAAAUGGAUACAUCAGCAUGACAGAGUUAAAGCAAGUUGCAUUGGAGCUGGGAGAGGAAUUAACAGAAUCAGAAAUCGACGAGAUGAUUAGAGAGGCUGAUGUUGAUGGCGAUGGACAAGUCGAUUACAAUGAAUUCCUGAGGAUGAUGAUGUACGAUGGCUCGGGAUUAUCAUGAUCAAAAAACAAACUCUUCUUACUUCUUUGCAAGCUCGUAUAUACAAUAAAAUCAACAAAUCUUUUGGGAUGAUGCAUUUGAUGCAUUAAAACAGGACUUCAAAAAUAUGCAGACAUUUAUAUUGCGUAGCAUACAAGCACUCGAAAUUAGUACUGAUUUGUGCAUGCUUGGAUUAAGAAGGCCAGGUUGGACAUAUUUUAUUCUUGAUUAAGGGCUUGGGAUACAUUUGGGAUUUAUUCGAUAAAUGUGAUUUCUAAUGCUUAAAAGUAAAUUAAAUUAAAUACUGACAGUUGUUGGUGUUCCAUCUAUGCCUUACAUGAAAUCUAAAAAAAAAUGCAAAAAACUUACCUGUCGAAAUAAUUAUUUACACCAUUGUUAAAAAUUUGUUUUAGAGAAAGUAAAUAUGGCGUUCAUGUUAUCCAUGUGAAAAGUGUAAAUAGUGAAGAUAUCAUAUAGUCAUUGUUUAAAUCCAUUCUUGUCUUAUUUUGAGGAUACGAUGUUCCUUUAAUGAUGAAUAAUGUUUACAGGUCUAUCCUAAAGUGUAGUUAAUUCUGCACAUAUUUGAGUCGUUUACUGGAUAUGGGACAAUUUAUGAUUACUGAUGAUUUUUAACAAAUUCUUUCUCAACAUAAGUUGAGAAUUAAUACCUUAAGCUAAGGAAACACUAUUUUGCAAAAAUUGUUUUACAGGAAAAAUAUAAUUUUUGUAGCUGAGUGAUGAAUAAUUAACAGUUCAAGGGAAGUCUAACGCAAAUUAGAAAUGUUAAACUCAAAGAAAGCACGAGCUUUAGAAUGCGCUCUUUUUUAAUAUAAGAACAAUUUUAUAAGAACACAAGCUUCAAUAUUGGUCAAAAGUUGAGACCAGAUUAAGAACAAGCUGAGGCUGAGCUACUAUAAAAUGCAAUUUUAUCUCAAAAACAACGAGGGGUUUUAGCCAUUUGUGGGUGCUUUCUUGGUGAAUAUUCAAACGUUUCAGCAAAUGAAGUUUGUCUCACUCACUUUGUUGGCAAAUAAGGCCUGAACACCUCCCUAGAGUGAAAAAGCUAGCAAUCGCCCUGCUUACAUACACCCUAAUGAUUUAAGAACUAAUUAGGAACUUAUAAAAAAGAGAUUCAAAUUAUUCGAGGAGAGGUUUAAUGGCUCACUAGAAUGUCACCAAGAGGUCAUCGAGAAUUUGUCAUAACAACAGCAGUAAAAACCACGGGUAAUUUGGCUAUUCUACAAGUAAUUGCCUUAAAAAUUACAAGUGUUUCAAACAAUUUUUGGUGGGUUUGGUGCAUGUUUAAUGAUGUCAGCGUGAAUACAGGGUCAGCAUGAAAAAUUAAUGGCACACUGUCGCCAUGCCAAUUGGGUUUUUAAGGUUGAAUCUCGAUGUAUAAACUAGUAUCUGCACUAUUGUAGCACUAACAUUAAAAAUGUAAUAAUUAUACUUCCUGUUAUCAGUUUUUCUUCGUAUUCUCUGGCAUUUUAAAUGGGCUUCAUUUGCAAAAUUUCUGACGGUCUCAAAUGUCUCAAAUGUCCAAGAUGUCUCGAAGUGCGACCAAAUAGCUUCUUUUCUUGAUAGGUAAUCUUGUAACAAUGAAGGUUAUAGUGGAAAUGUAUUAUGUAUAACAUUAUCAAAAGUAAUCAUAGCGCAGAAAAUUGAUCAACAAAUGAGCUUGUAAAGUUGUAGAAGUUUCUACUUUGGAUCAGUUUUUAGCAUUUUCUGGGCUGAUAUCAGACUUACUUGUAUGAAAAGGAGCUUUAGUUCUUCUGAAUAAGACGAGAUUGGAAAAAUUAAACUCCUUCAAAUUGAGAUGUCCAAAAUUCGCUGCCUUAACUGAUAUUCCUACCCCUAAACUAAGAACAGUUUGGAGAGCUGACAGAAAAGGAUUCGGUGAUGCCACGCCGCCGAUUGGCCAAAUCUGAUCCGAAUGCAUCGUGAAUCUAGAUAUUCAAAAGUUCUCUUAAGGGGGCUCUCGUGCAAUGAGUCCAAGGUGAAUCAAAGCAGAUAAGCAUAAAAUCAGCUCUAACGUCUCUUCAAUACAAUACGACAAACACUGAAUUGGUUAGCAAGUGACUUAGCAAGAGACGCUUGCUCGUGGAAGUGACUAUAAGCAAUAUUUUUGCAGAAAACAGAUUCCCACUUCCGAAUAACCUGGGCACUAGUAAAUCUCUGUCAAGUGCCGCACAAGGGAGCUCCCCCUUUUGUCAUAUUAAUCGUGAAGUGUGAAAUUGUGUGGGACACAUCAUACACUGCACGAAUUUCGCGCCAAAAGCAAUUUUGCGUUAAACAAACUUCCAGUUGCAAGUAGCUAGUUUGAAGACAGUCUGGAAAGUGGCCUAGGAUAGGACAAAUUGAAUUUCACAGACUUUCUAGAAUGUUAUAGAUUGUCAUUGUCUUCUGGGUUUUUCAAUUGAUUGAUGGGUUUGUGGUGCUGUAAUAACCUGAAUCGUGUUACCCUAUGCAGUGAGUGGUUUCUUGCAAGCACUUUUGAUCGACUUUGUGCAAUGUUUUCUACAGCAGGGACUUAGGUGAGUUGUCUAAUUAUCAAAGAAAUUUAGAAGUCAAAUUGUUACGCUAAAUGAGCUGUUGUGAGAGUAGACCCAUCAAUAGGAAAUUUAUUGUCAAAAGAAAUUUUUAAAUUAAAAGACAUUUUUAUUUGCUUAACUUUGAAAAUUAAUACUUGACCAAUGAACAAGCGCAAUGGCGCUUACAACAUUAAACCAAAAUGUGUAUGUUUAUGUACGUAUUGUCGCUUUUGACUGCAAAACCUCUGUGCUUCCCUUGAAAAGCAACAUAAACGUGUUAUCGAUCAAUAGUUUAAUUUUUCAACUCGCCUAUUUGUCAAUAAGACUUUAGUUAGAGAUUUAAUGC